AUGAGGGAGCAGCGCUGGGGGACGGGCGGCCUGAGGGAGGAGCGGCGGCGGCGGCCGCCAUGGACGGGCGGCGGGAGGCGGAGCGGCGAGACCGGCACGGGUUUUCCCGCGGAAUCCGAGGAAUCCCUGCUGCGGAGAGCGGUGUCGGUGCUGCACGGCUCCUUCCUGCACCCCACAUCCCGGCAGGAAUUCCAGUACAGCCGAGCAAUCCUGGUGGAAAACCAGCUUUUCCUGAGCGAGCUGAAAGCUUUCGCCCGAGCCAAAGAAGCCGCCGGGUACAGCCGGGAGGAGCUGCAGGAGACCUUCGCCUUCCUCCUCUUCGACAAGGAAGAAGAGGCGAGGGAGGUGUGUCGGACGGGCCUCCGGGUCAACAGCAGCUCCAUCUCCACGCUUGGAGACCCAGCCAAAGGGGUUUAUAUUCCAAGCAUGCAGACUGCCUCCAUCCCAGCCCCUGGCACCAUGGAAAAUCGGGAUAUAUGUCAUUGCAAGCUAAUUAAGGGGAAGGUCCGGGUGAUCCCUGAGGAUUACACCACCACCUACACCUGCCCCUCUCCGGGCUACGACUGCCACGUCGCCGAGAGCCGCGAGCUGGGAUCGGCCGCGCCCAGCCCCUGCCAGGCCUUCGAGCAGAGCCAGUACUACGUGUACGAGGUGUCCGGCGGCAGCCCGGCCCAGCGGCCCCGGCAGGUCUGUCCCUACAUCCUCCUCUGCUGCCAGUACAGGGACCCCAAGGACGUGGCCAUGGAAGACCUGCCCGAGCGCGACCACCAAGGACUGUACUGCCCAUGGAGAGGAGCACUCACCAUCCAGGGAAAGCUGCUGUGCAACAUCACCCUGAGGACCCCCUACAGCUCCUCCCUCCCAGCCCAGCUGCCUCCCAAGCUGGACAUCAGCCACGUCAUGGGAUUGUCCGACCUGAGGAAAAAACUGCCGGAAGCUGCCUUUGGGAAAAGGAAUUACACCGGGAAUGAGGUCUGCUUCCAGGGGGUUUAUUCCAGCCUGUAUGAAGUGGAAAUAUCCGAUGAGGAUCAACAUAAAAUGGAUCAGCUGGUAGAAAACCUGAAGGAAAAGGACUUGGCAAUCAUCAAAUAUUUGCAGGAUCAGGGAGUCUUCAUCCUCCUCACGCCCUCGGAUGGAUCGGAUUCCCGGGAUCCCCUCGCUCUCCUGGCCCUGUUCCUGUUCUCCUCGCCGCGCUCGCUGUGCCCCCGAGCGGAAAAACGCGCCCCGAGGGCCAUCAGGAAAUACGGCGACAGGAGGGACAUUCCCUUAAAAGUGGCCUCCCUCCUGCCGGGGCUCCGCUACGCCCUGAGGAAAGCCGGGAGCAGCCCAUGGAAUGACUCCGUCAGCGCCAGCACGCGGAUCAAGCAGCACUUCCAGGAAUACGCGAGGCUGGGGCAGGACCCGGAGCCCGAGGGCGGCGACCACCUGACCUUUCCUCCCGCAGAGGAGGGAUCCAACCCCUUCCAGAGAUUCCCGGAGAAGUCCCUGUGCCAGCUGCGGCACUACCUCCAAAAUCCCAAGAGCUACACCCUGAAGCUGUCGGCGGCCACCGGCUGCUUGAAGGGGGACGGGCAGUCCCUGCUCGGCACCGCUGCUCCUUCCCUGCCGCCGGCGGAUCCCAGGAGGGAAUCCCCGAAUUCCCAGGGCGGGGCUGAGCCCGAGGAAGAUUCCAGCGAUCCCUGGGGGGAGCAGGGAAGGAGGAAAUCCACCCGGCUCCUCAUGAGCAGGAAGAGGGGCUCAGCGGAGGCUCCCGCGGGAGACGAUGGCAGGAGCCCCAAGAGGAAAUCCAGCGCCUCUCCCUCUUCCAAAAGGGCGGGAUCCGCAGGGAAUUCCAAGGGGUCCUUGCUUAAGUUGGCCAAUCUGCAGCUUCCACACGGGAGGAAAAGAGGUGCCGAGGUCCUGGCCGCCAGAAUCGUCCGUAAACCCCCGGACGAGCCCGCGGAGAAGGGAAACGAUGCUCCCGACGCUCCCGAUUCUCCCAAUCCAGCAGCAAAGAGAGCCAAGGCUGUGGAGAUCCCAGACACCCCCAGUCCUGUUCCCGACCUCGUUCCCGUUGCCACGGAGGUGCCUUGUGCCGAGAGAGCCCCGAGUCCGGUGAAAAACAAGGAACAGGAAAGUCCAGAGCGCGACCCAUCCCGAGCUGGAGGCGACGACGACCGAGCGGGAAGCGAGUUGCAGGAGCCACUCCCCGACCUCCCAGCCGAAGUCUCUCCCCAGUCCCACGGAGAGCAGAGCCAAGGGAACGAGUUUUAUCCGGCUGAGCUCGGGAACGAGUGCAACUCACACGGGCUGAACCUGCUGGCUGACCUGGCCCUGGGCUCCUGUGUGUCCCUCUACAUCCUCCAGGACACGGAGGGGACCCCUGUGUCCCCCAGCACCGAGGUGGUCCCUGUGCCCUCCAGCGCUGAGGUGAUCCCUGUGCCCUACAGCCCUUCCAGCGACUCCUCCCAGGACGAUGAGGGGAUCUCUGUGUCCUACAGCUCUGGGAUGGUCCCUGUGUCCCACACAACUGGGGUGACCUCCAUGUCCCACAGAACUGGGGUGACCCCCAUGUCCCACAACACUGGGGUGAUCCCCGUGUCCCACAGAACUGAGGUAUUCACUGUGUCCCACAGAACUGAGGUUAUCCCUGCAUCCCACAGCACUGGGGUGACCCUUGUGUCCCACAGCACUGGGGUGACCCCUGUGUCCCCCAGCACUGGGGUGACCCCUGCAUCCCACAGCACUGGGGUAAUCCUUGUGUCCCACAGCUCUUCCAGUUACUCCCCCCCGGGCGCUGAGGUGAUCCUGGUGUCCCAGAGCCCUUCCAACAACUCCCCCCAGGAUGCUGAGGUGAUCCCUGUGUCCCACAGCACUGAGGUGAUCCCCGCGUCCUCCAGCCCUUCCAGCGACUCCCCCCAGGACGCUGAGGACGCUCAGGUGAUCCCUGAGGUGAUCCCGGUGUCCCCGAGCCCUCCCAGUGCUUCCCCUCAGGAGCAGCAGGGCCGUCCCCAGCUCAGAUCCCCGCGUGCCACUGCUCCCGCUCCCGACCCCAAACACCAGCGGCCUGGAAGACGAACCGCCUCCGCCGGGAGGGCGGCGCCCAACCAGGCCCUUCCCGCCGCGGCAAAACCGGGAUUCAAUGCGGGAAAACCGGGACUCAACGCGGGAAAACCGGGACUCAACGGCUCUGCCGCCGCCGCCGCUCCCGAGGAGAGAACCUCCGGAAUUCCCAUCCAGAGCGGCGUGAGGCCCGGCGUGUGGCCGGGAUGGGCCGGGGAGAGGGAGCGCUGCGCCGUGGCCCUGGAGCACUCCUACGCCCUGGCGGGCCCGCUGGAGCAGCGCAGGAGAGGCACCAAUCCCCCAGGAACGAACCCCCCAGGAACGCCCACCUCCGGAGCGGCCCCCACCCAAAACGGCACCGGGAGAACCCGACCGGGGCCGCUGGUGGGGAAGGUGCUGCCGUUCCGGCGCCAGCCCGGCGCGUCCCGCCCGCCCUGGGUCCCCGAGGGCGCGAGGAGCAGGACGGGCUCAGCCCGGGACAAGGAGGACUUCGCCAAGUGCCACACGGUGAGGGUGCGGGGCAAGUCCCUGAAGGUGACGCUCCAGUGGGAGGGGCAGUACGCCCACAACCUGGACACCCGCUACACCAACAACAUCCUGGAGAGAUCCGUCAUCCGCGCCCUGCACGGGCCCUGGGACUGCAACCUCCCUGAGACCGUGGAGGACAUGAAGCUGAUCCUGCACACGUGGGUGGCCCUGUUCUACAGGAGGCCCUCGGCGCAGCUCAACAGCUCGCGGAAGGUGGUGGAGCACCGCGACCCCAACAAGUUCGUCCUGCUCAACAGCUCCGACCGCUUCUGGGACCUCAGCGACGACGACCUGGAGCCCCGCGGCCGCAAGACGUGCCCGGCCGACUCCAGGUCCGACCCCGACCAGACUCCCAGCAGCUCCGUGGAUCCCGGCACUCCCAGAAAACGGUCUUCCCACCGGGAGAAGGGCCGGCCGGGCUUGCGGAGUGACGCCGGAGGUGUGGACAGCACGGUGUCCUCCUCCUCCGGGGAGCUGCCCGGCGAGGAGGAGGAGCCUUCCUCCACCAGCUGUCCGGAGAGCGUUCCCGAGGAGAGCGUUCCCGAGGGCGUUCCCAGCGCCGAGGAGAGCCUGGAUGAGGGAGAGGGGCAGCCGGGAAUCCCCGAGGACGUCUCGAGCGUCACCGCGGAGGAGCCGCCGGAUGCCGCGAUCGCCCCCGGCCCUUCCGAGGAGCCGGGACGUGCCAGCGAGCGCCCGGCUGUGCCAGGCAUGGAAAACUCCCGCAGCCCGGCCCCCAAUUCCAGUGCAGCUCCGUGCACAGACAGCCAGGAUGGAAUUCCUGGAGAUGGGGAGCAACUGGAGAGCGGGCGGGAGGCGGGAGCAGGGCGUGGUUCUCCCAGGGAUACGGAGAGCGCGGGAGAUGCCAGACACGGCACGGAGGUUGAGGACAACAGGGACAGGAGCAAGGCCACCAGUGAUCCAUGGGAUUCCAUGCCCUUGGAAGCGAGUCCUGGAAGUGCAAGCCAUCCACGACAUGCCCGCAAUUCCGUGCCCUUGGAAGCGAGCCCCCGCAGUGCCAAUCUUGCCGGAGCCAGCGAGGAAGGGCUGGAAUCACGAGACCCCUUCGGACACCUGGAAAAAGAGGAGGGAGAGUUGGAGGAGGACAAGGAAGAGAACGAGGAGGACUUUGAGGAAGUCCUGGGGCCUGUGGAUUUGGUGUUGUCCGAGAGCAGCGACACCGAGAUGGAAAGCGAGCACAGCGACCAGAAAACAGGGAGUUCCCCACUUCCGGAGGACUUCGGAGCUCCCAGAGAGGACUCUGUGCCCAGCCCCUCCUCCUUGGCAUCGCCCUACUCGGGCAGCUCCACACUGGUGAUGUCAGACAGGACUUGGACUGGGAAUUGGAGUGGGAUUGACUCUCCAGGGCUUCCUGGGGAGAGGGCACCGAGCGUGGAUGAGCUCCCGGAGCCCUGGGAUGCUCCGGCCACUCCAUGUUCGGAGACAGGUGGCAUUGGUGCGGCCAGUCCAGCCCGUGUGGGGUCACCCCGGGACAGCGGGGAGAUGAUCCCACCUGAUCCAGGCCUUUUCCAUGGGGCACAGCCAGACAGUGUUACAGGCAGCCCAGAACCUGCUGGAGAGGUACUUGGGAAUGACUUGGAGCAGAAAGACAGGGAUUAUGCUCCCUCUGCAGAAAGCUGGGAGCCUGCAGAUGUGGGAUCACCCCGUGACAGUGGGGAGACAUUCCCACCUGAUCCAGGCCUUUUCCAUGAGGCACAGCCAGUCUCUGGAGCUGCUGGAGAGACGCUUGGGAAUGACUUGGAGCAGAAAGACAGGGAUCAUGUGCCCGCUGAAGAAAGGUGGGAAUCUUCGGAUGUGGGGUCACCCCGUGACAGUGGAGAGAUGUUCCCACCUGAUCCAGGCCUUUUCCAUGGGGCACAGCCAGACAGUGUUACAGGCAGCUCUGGAGCUGCUGGAGAGACACUCGGGAAUGACUUGGAGCAGAAGGACAGGGAUCACGUGCCCGCUGCAGAGAGGGGGGAUCCUGCCAGGAACAGUGAUGGCUUGGAGUCCCUGCACAGCCAGGGACUGGCACUGCCCUUGUCCCCUCACUCCAGCUCUGCCUGCCUGACGUCUCCCAAUGGAUCCAUCGAUCCCAGAGCUGCUCCAGAGGACCAGGAGACCACGGCAGGCUUCCCGUCCCCGUCACGGCGUGACCUGGGCGGGAGCAGCCGCUUUUCCCGGGAACAGGGAGAUGAUGUCGGUGCUGAUCCCGGGGAGCCAAACCAGGAAAGGAGCGAGGUUUUGGGGGAAGAAGAGCCUGGCAGCCCUUGUUCCAACGGCACAGGAGUGCUGGAUGAUCCCAUGGGAGCAGGUGGUGGCCAGGACUUCCCCUUGGACUACGGAGCUGCGGGAGGUGAUCCUGGGGCUGGGGAGGGUGAGGAUGUGUGUCCUGGUGCAGAGAAUUCCCCCAGGAGCGACAGAACAGACAUGGAGAUGGGGGGUGACACUCCACAGGAGCCAGAGAUGCCUCUCCAUCCCCCCCCUGGAGUCAGAGCCUUCCUCCUUGGAGCGGGAAGGGAUGUCAGCCAUGGAGGAGCCCCCCGGGCAGCGGCGGAGCUUCCCAAACAGUCCCUCCCCAUCCAGCCCUGGAUACUCAGCUCCUGCUUCUCCUGUUUAUCAGGAAGACACAGAACCCCCCAGCUCGGAGCAGAGCCCGUGGGAGCCAGCUCUGGGCCAGCCCUGGAAUUCCUGGGAGGAAGGAGGUGCUCCAGAGGGGAGUGUGGGUGCCCGGAGCCUGGAGGGCUCCGUAGAUCCCAGAUGUUCCAGAGGGGUGAUAAGAUACCCGGCUCCGCGCCCUGCGGGGCGGGCACGGGGCUCCCCUGUGGAUGUGCUUCCAAGGGAGCCAAGAUCCAGGUCUCCUCCUCCUUCUCCACACAGUCUCCAGGAUGGUCUCCAUGGCGCCGAGCCGGGCUCAGUCCUGGAUGUGUGUCCCGGGAUGGUCCCUCCCGGCACGGAUCCAGCUCUGGACGAUGCCUCGUGGUCCUGCUCCCCCUGUGCCAGCCCCGGGAGCCAAAGGGAGGAGCCCAUCCUGCCUGAGGACUGGGAAGAAGGAAGAAGCAUCCCUGUUUCCAGUGCUCCAUCGUCUCCAGAGGGGGAGUUGCUUGAUCCGUGGCACGAGCCCCGCUCCGCAUGGGAGGACAGCGGGUCCGAGGAAUUCCC